GUGCUGCUUAACUUCCGGGAUCUGCCAGCUGACGAGCACGAGACGUGACGUCACGUAGGUGACAGAGUCCAAACGAACCAGGGGACCAGUCUGCACGUCCGACUGGAUCUAAAUCUUAUAAAGCAUUGUGACUUCAGUCUGACAUGGAGUCUGCAGAUGGACAGAGGGGGCGGGAUGGAGGCAGCCAGAGACGCUCCCCCCUUGACAUCAUCAUGAGUCAGAUCCGCAGGAAACGUUCAGCAUCAGACAGGAAGCCCCUGGGACGCUUCCUGUCGCGAACCUCAGACCGGACGGGGAUCCCUGAGGAUGCAGAGUCCCAGAACAAAGGACAGAACCCAGGUGUUGGAGCCUCGGUGCAGAGCGAGCGUGACGCUGGCUGGGGAAGAGUGUGCGUUUUCCUGCAGAAAUUGGGGAAGAAGGCAGACAGCAGGAGCCUCAGUGUGGCUCACUGUGACCUGACGGCUACAGACCUGCUGGAGCUCGCAUCAUUGGUCCAGUUCCUCCCUCAGCUGGAGGAGAUGGAUGUCUCAUGGAACGAGCUUAUUGGUGGAAGUCUUAUGACAUUGACCUCUCACCUCCAACAUGUGAGUGGGAUCAGGACGCUGAAGCUCUGCAGCUGUAGGCUGAAUGCAGAUGAUGUCGCUGCUCUGGGCAAAGCCCUCCCUUCUGUUCCACUUUUGGAGGUCCUUGAUUUGUCCUGGAACAGCAGUAUUGGUGGCAGCGCUUUGCAAGGCCUGUUGGGUAAACUUCACCCAUCAUUGAGAGAGCUCCACCUGGUGGACUGUCAGCUCACUGCAGUGGAUGCUGCCGCUUUGGGAGGAACGGUGGCUGUUCUGCCAAAAAUCUGUGUGUUGGACGUUUCCUGUAACCCUCGGCUCACACAGGAAGUGGAAGCUGGUGGCUUCAAAGAGCUGGCCGCCUCCCUAUCUCACGCUGUCUCCCUGACUACACUGCGUCUGCAGGCCUGCGGCCUGACACCUGACAGCCUCGAUGCUCUCGGUAAUUCACUCCGCUGCCUCCCCUCGGUACGUGAGCUGGACCUGUCCUGUAAUAAAGGUCUGGUUGGAGGCCUGUGCCGCCUCUCCUUUCACCUGCCUCACAUCACACACCUAGAGAGCCUCGACCUUCACCUCUGCUGCCUGACACACACUGACCUGGAGGCUUUGAUCCAGGUGCUGCCCUCUCUGACUGCGCUGACAGAGGUCAACGUUUCGUCAAAUAAGGAAGCAGGAUGCGUGGUCCACCAGCUGGUCUCUGUGCUCCCACUGACUCAGAUGAGGAGGCUGCCGCUCAACAGCUGCAGGCUGAAUGAGGAGUCCUUCACUGCCCUGGCUCUGGUGGUGCCGUACCUGCGCAGUGUGGAUGUUUCUUGGUGUAAAGUGGUCGGCGGUCGCUUGCCGCUGUUGCUGGAUGCUCUGCAGCCGUCCGUAAUUGUGGAGCUCCGCCUCAGCAGCUGCGGGCUCACCACCGAUGACCUGCAUCACCUAGCUGAAGUGUGCAGACGAGGCUGUGUCUCCUCCCUCAGAGUGUUGGACCUGUCCUACAACGGCUCGGUCGCGGACGCCGGCUGGUCGGCGCUGUUCGCAGCAGGAGGUCUGCGCUCGCUGGAGGAGGCAGACGUCAGCCUUCGACCUUUGACCUCCGCUCCCUGUUCGGCCUGGCUGUCAGCGCUGCUCGUGGCUCUUCCUCGAAUGCCGGCGCUGGCCCGGCUGGCGAUGCAGCGCUGGACCGUCGGAUCGCAGGAGGGACGACAGCUGCAGUACAGCACGAAGAACAGGAACAUCCGGCUGGAAUGGGAUCCAGACGUUACUGGCUGGAAGACGAGCAGUCAGGAGGAGAGUCAGCCUGAGGAGGAGGAGGGAUGAGGAAUCCUGAAGGAUGUUUAUGGAUCACAAACAUUUCAACAAGUCAGAAACAAACUUCAUAUUUUGUGUGAAAUUCAAAGAGAUUUUUUUCCUACCUGGAAUUAUUUUCAAUUUUUCAAACAUUUCAGUUUCUGAUGCACAAAGUGACUCAAGCAGACCGUUGCAGGUUUAAUAACCACAAUUAUUCUAAUAUCUUCAAAAUAAAAUAUGUUGCAGAAAGAAA